CAGUCAGAUAACCAUUGAGGCGUUUGACUCGUAUUACUCGUACUCGGUAAAAGUGCUCCAUCCGUACCGUAUACUCGUUUCAGUUGUGUAUCCCGGAUACUCAGCUGAAACGAGUAUUCGGUACGGAUCGAGCACUUUGCAUUUAUGCUUUAGUCUCUUUACUCAAACAGUCCUUCAGCAGUACAACAUUCAUAGUUGUUUUUUAAUGAAACAUUUGUGGAAUUCCAUUGUACCACAAUCAAACAAGCAGCAUAUAAAUAUUAUGCUCUUGAGAUCCUUCUCGGCGAUACUUCAAACUUGUUCAGCGAGUUUCUAUUAGAGGGAACAGAACACAGAGUACUUCAUUCAUAACAUUCAUCGAAUACCAUUGUACUGCACCCAAAAAACUCAGAAUAUAAAAAGGAUGAAGAGAGUUGGAUUCAAAGAGUCCAGAGAACUACAUGAUGAGUGCUGCUCAGAGUCAGCCAACGUUGGAGGCCCUCCAGAGCCACUUUACCUGGGAUCUGAAUUUCAGCAGGUCCAAACUUUUCCGUUUCAGAGACAAACUAAAGGACAUUGGCACCAAUGAAGGAAACAGCUGGCUGGGUCACAUUUACAACCUGCAGGGGUUCAUCCACUAUCAGCUGGGCUUCAUUGAAGAGGCCAAGAGCUUCUUCAGCAGGGCCACUGAGGCCUUCCACCAGAUGAUGAACACAGUCUCAGAUGGUCCCUGGUUGCUGGUGAACUACGGGAACCUGGCUUGGAUGCAUCACCACCUGGGAGAACAAGCAGAGAGUGAGCGUUACCUGUCAAAGGUCCACGCCCUGAUGAAGGAGUACCCAUCUCCAUCUGAGGACCAGCUGCAUCCAGAGAUCUACGCUGAAAAGGCCUGGACCUUGAUGACAUUCUGUGAAGACAAAAAGCAUCUGGCUGCAGAAUACUUCCAGAGAGCCAUCAGGAUGCAGCCAGACAGGGUGGAGUGGCAGACCAGCUGCAUGUUAGCACUAGUAAGUGUCUAUAAACGCCGUGGCAAUGAGCUGAGGUCUGAAAUGAAAAAAGCCAAAGAACGUGAUCCAGAGAACUUGUACCUUGCUGCUCUUUAUCUUGAGGCAUGUGCUCAGAGAGGAACAAACGUUAAAGAAGAAGCGCAUGAGUUGGCCAAAAGGAUUUUAAGUAGACCAGUUAGUAGCUACAGUGGUUUCACACCAUUAAUGACGCUGUACAAAACAUUUUUACACAAAGAUGAAGCUAUUAUUUUGGCAGAGGAGGCUCUGAAAAGACAUCCAGAUGAGCGUCACCUCAAGAAGCAUGCUGCAAUCUGCUACAAAGAGAAGAUCUUAUCUCAAAGCGACAGUCCUCUGGAGCCCAGCAUGAUCAACAGAGCCAUCAGCCUCUCAGAGGAAGUCAUUUCUCUCUAUCCUGAUUCUUCACUAAAAAUGCAAAUAACUCUUGCAAACUUAUAUGCAAAAGCCAAACGCCAAGAUGAAGGGAACCAGAUAUUCAAAGAUCUGCUAAAAAGGGACCUGGAAGACAAAGAGAAACAGAUGGUUUACAACGGCUACGCAAAGUUUUUGUAUUUCAGCCUAAAGAAGGAACAAGAGUCGAUAAAAUACCACAUGAUGGCAGCAGAGAUAACACAACAAUCCUUCUAUCGGAAGGACAGCAUCGAGAAGCUGGAAAAGAUUAAAAAAAACAAAUACGGAAGAGAAAUAGAGGAGUUUCUGGCCAACCUGCAGCGCUGAGAGCUGAUGAUAAAGAUGGAACAACACUGGGGAUAAAUCAGGAAGAUGUUGAUUUUCACAGCCUGAGGAAUAGGUUUAAUAUGAUCCUUUUAUUGAAGUGUCGAAGUUGAUUAAAAUGUAACUUUUAGGGGAAAUGAUGUAAAUGAUGUUAAACACUUAAAUUCUCUCCUGAACAAUGAUCCUGUUAUCAAAGCCUGAUGCAGUUUAAAACUUAUUUACUGAUUAUAUGUUAAUGUUGCUUCGUGUCAUCAUAUUUUCUUAUUGACCAAAGUCUAUGAGUAACCUUCACUUUCUUUAACAUUAGUGUUUUGUCCUUCAAUUUCUUCCUCAUGUUCAUUCAUGUAUUUUGUUUUAUAUGAAAAUAUAAAAAAACAAACAAAAUAAACAACAACCCUGAAACAAAACAUGGAAAAUAAUAAUAAUAAAACCAUAAGAAAAUCCAA